UGGCUCUCUCUCGCCAUGUCUUCUCAUAAGACUUUCAGGAUCAAGCGAUUCCUGGCCAAGAAACAAAAGCAGAAUCGUCCCAUUCCCCAGUGGAUUCGGAUGAAAACUGGUAACAAAAUCAGGUACAACUCCAAGAGGCGACACUGGAGAAGAACAAAGCUGGGUCUGUGAGUGAUCCUAC